UUUGGCUUUAAAUGUGAUUUACCCCUACCAAUCGACUGUGAAAAUUUUAUCAUGGGAUGUACGGUAGGUUUUCGAACAAUCCUGAAUGAAAGACUGGCUUUUACAACCUUGGAUGAGAAUUGAAUUGCACACGCCCUUUAUUUAAGUACGUGCUCAUGUGAUGCCAUGUAUCGCAUGCGAGAAAGCAAGAUUAAUUUAGAGCUCCUUUACCGGUUGUUUAUCAAGUUUUUGUGUCAUAUCUUUUUGGCCCUAGUCUUAAACACAUGUUUGAACAGAGUUUGAAACUAUUGCUACAUAUAUUGAAGUGAUUUAACACCUUUCAAGUGCUGAAGUGGUUUUGGUUUCAUUUUAGGGUUGCUUGCGUCAUUUGUGCACGUGCAAUUAAUACUGACAUCUGGCAAGCAAUCAUAACACGUGCUACUAGUCUCCAAAAAACUGUAGUAAGCCACCUUAAAUUCAAAUUUUCCAAUGAGCAUCCCUGGCCUUCUCAUAUGGGAGUUCUCCUCCCCGGGCUUCCAAAUGUCUAACAGGAAGUGACCCAGUGAAGGAAUGAAAGGGUGAAGCAGUGAUGGAGUGAAAUUGUCCCACCACUACAACUUGGAAAAUACGAAUAUUUUCCAAGUUAAAAAUGAAGCCUUGCAUAAAAACAAAGGCAGCUAUGAAGCACUGAUGAUACUAUCUCCAGAAUCGAGGCAAGAUCUUAGUUGGUGGGUAAGCAACCUACCACAUACAUACAAACACAUUGAUAUCUCAAACCCUGACAUAGAAAUCACUACUGAUGCUUCAAAACUAUCAUGUGCUUUCAUAAGAACAAUUUUUUAAAAAAUGGGUUUUCGCCUUCGGUUCUCCUUUAAACGAAGAAAAUUUGCUGUCAAUGAAGACGCUUGGUGUGUUGUGGUAGGCUGAGGAAGAUGUUUUCACUUACAGAGUGAAUCUGCCAGAUGAGAAGUUCCAGUUGACCAAGCGAAAUUUCCUACAUAAGAUAGCCAUGCUGUUUGACCCUAUGGGGUUUCUGGAGCCAUACGUGAUCCGGGCAAAGAUUCUCCUGCAAGAGAUGUGGACCUCAGGAUUAGAUUGGGAUGACCCACUAGACCAAAGCCAAGCUAGAGAGGCCAAGAAGUGGUUUGAAGAGCUCACAGAGUUGUCAGAAGUGCAAGCCCCUCAUUGUCUGCAGUUGAACUCAGAUGUUGAAACAGUUACCUUGCACACCUUCACAGAUGCAUCAGGGGAUGCGUAUGGUGCAGCAACUUACAUUAAUUACAAGUACAAGGGUGGUACAGUAUCUACCAACCUAGUGACCUCCAAGACACGAGUGGUACCACUAUCAGCUACAAGCAUUCCAAGACUCAAACUUAUGGGAGCUGUUUUGGAAUUAAGAUUAGCGCUGUCCAUAGCCAAGGUUCUUAAGAUUGACCAGAACCUACUCACAUUCUGGAGUGACAGCAUGCAUGUAUUGUGGUGGAUACAAAUACCCAGUUGCAGUUUCAGACCACUUGUAGCAAAUCGGAUAGGAGAAAUACAUGAUUCAAGCAGUCCUACGCAGUGGUGCCAUGUUAGCACAGACCAGAACCCUGCUGACCUGCCAACAAGAGGAAUGUCUGCGACUGAGCUAAAAGGAAACAAGAUGUGGUGGAAGGGUCUGAAGUUCCUGAGCAUGCCAGAAGACACAUGGCCAAAAACAGAGAUUGAUGUAACUGCUGAAGCAACACUAGAAGUCCGUAAGAAAGUGAGGACAACAUUUGAUGUGCCAGACAAAAAAUCAGUACUGUUCGUGCUGACCCCACAAGUGACUUGGUGUUUACACCCCAGCAGAUAUUCAAGCUGGACCAGAUUAUUGAGAGCUAGAGCAUGGGUACACUGAUUCAUGAACAACUGUGGAACGCCACCAGAAGAGAGGAGUUCUGGAAAACGUACCAUUCAGGAGAUCUCAGAUGCAGAGACUGACAUCAGCAAAGAGGCACAAUAAGAAGCCUUUCAAGAAGAAUACAAGGCACUGGCCAAUUUCAAGUCUGUUCUGCAAAACAGCAAGUUGUUAAGUUUUGAACCCCAUCCUAGAUGAAGAUGGUCUGCUUCAAUCAGAUGGGAGACUGCUAUGCAGACUACCUGCCUUUUGAUUCUAGAUAUCCAGUCAUUCUGCCGAGGAAGAGUGGGGUGACCAGACUAAUUGUGAAGUCCUAUCACGAAAGAAGUAACCAUGCAGCGGAAAACAAUCACACGUUGUCUUUGCUGUCCGCCAGAUUUUGGAUCAUGCAAGGUAGAGAGGAGAUUCCUGACUGGGAAAGAGAGUGCUGUGAAUGUCACAAGAGAAAGGCAAAGGCUGCUGAACAGAUAAUGGCUCCCCAACCAAAGAUUUGACUAAAGAUGGCCUUAUGAGCUUUCGCACGAACAGUGGUUGACUUUGCAGGACCAUUUGUAACUAUCCAGGGGAGGGGCAAGAAGAGAGCUUAAAGAUACCUUUGUUUAUUUACAUGCCUAACAUUGAGGGCUAUUCACCUAGAGAUGGCCUAUGGGCUGGACAUAGAUUCCUUUCUGAGUGCAUUUCAUUGCAUGGCCAAUCGGAGUGGGGUGCCAGAAGAGAUGAUUUCUGAUAACGGAACUAAUUUUGUAGGCACGGAAAGAAAGUUGAGGGGGCUCGUCAAAGAACUGGAUCGAGACAAGAUUGAGAAAUCAGCUGCCAACAAAGGAAUCAAGUGGAUUUUCAAUCCACCACGGGCACCUCACUUUGGUGGGGUGCAUGAGACAAUGAUCAAGUCAGGGAAGAGAGCAACCUAUGUGAUAUUGGGAACUGCAGAUGUGCCCAAUGAAGAACUGAUUACAGCAUUUGUGUGUGCAGAGGCACUCAUAAAUUCCAGGCCUUUAACAUAUCAGUCGCGAAUCCCUCAGAUGACACACCCAUCACCCUAAAUCAUUUCCUGAUUGGACAAGUAGGAGGCCAGUUCGCUCCUGGAUCAGUUGAUAGUGGCCAGUUCAGCCCCAAGAAGAGAUGGAGAUGGGUGCAAGAACUAGUGCGACCUUUUUCGUACUAGUGGCUCCGAGAGUGGCUACCAACUUUGAAUCAUGUGUCCAAGUGGUGGAAGGAACAAAAGGAUGUCCAAGUUAAUGAUGUAGUCUUAGUAGUGGCACUUAACACGCCUUGUGGGCAGUGGCUGCUCGGUAGAAUCAUAGUGGUCUUUCCAGGGAAGGACAAGCAAGUGAGAGCUGUCAAAGUCAGAGUUGGCCAAAAGGAAUUGUUGAGACCGAUCACCAGAAUCUGCCCAUUAAAACUCCUUACAGAAUAUGACAGAAGAAUAGAACAGAAGCGAACUUUAAGAGAACUAGAACUAUAGUGAACCUUUAAGCUAGAAACACAAAACUCCUAUUGAUAGGUUGAUGAGCCACUGGCCCAUCAAGAAGGGGGAGUAUGAUGUGAAGGACAUUUUGUUAUAGUGCACUCAAAGUGCAAAUACUUAGGUCACGUGACUUUGAACACUUAGUGGAUGUUUUACGAUCACAUGGAGAUGUUGUUUACUAGUUUUUAGCGUUGUAAUUCAUUGUAGAGAUUGCUGUUUAUUUCAAGUUCAAAUAAAUGGUUUAACUCAGAACCACUAACAUCAAGCUGGUUAUCCAGAUACAUUUACCAGACUUAGACUGUGUUGUCAGUUAUAAAUCUACUACUACUUUAGCACAUCUAUGUAAAUAGUAUGUUGUUUUGGGGCCAUACGAUUAGCGCUAAUCAUAUGGCCCCCAAAAUAUAACAACAUGCAAUAACAUAUGCAUUAAGGCAUUUCUUGUAAUGUCCAUUUACAGCAUUUUUCAGUAAUUAUUCACUUUGGCAUGCUUAAGUGCUAUAUAUGCUGCUCAAUGUUAGUUGCAAUUAUUCCCUGAAGAAGUCUGAGACAGAUGAAACGCGUCAGAAAUAAACGAAAAAGCUUACAACUACAAGAAGUCCUCCUUUGUGCUGCUCACUAGUCUUUGUUAAAAAAUUAAUGGGCUUAGAGGGUAGAUAGUAGAUUGUAGAGCACAGAGCGUAGAUUAAAGAGAGUAGCUGGUAGAACACAGAGCAUAGAUUGGCUUAGACGGUAGAUCGUAGAACGUAGAUUGAAGAGAGUAGCUGGUAGAACGUAAAUAGAAUGUUGAUGGUAGAACAUAUAGCGUAGAGCAUAGAGCGUAGAGGGUAAGCUCAAUACAGAAUUGUACAUUAAGGAGAUUAUUAAAAUACUGUAAACCAUAAUAACACUAUAUAUGAGAUAAUAAAGAAAGCCAAUAAAUUACAAUUACAAAUAUUACAGCAUCGCAGAUGAUUGAGAAACUUGCACUCACAACCCAAUAUUUUUUAUCACUCUGCUGUUUUUUUAAGCCUCUAAGUUAGUAUAGAGAGUAGUAAAAAAUUCUUGAACUGAUAAACUCGUAAAUAUGUAGAGCAUAGAGCGUAAAUGGUGGAACAUGGAGUGUAAGAGCUUUAAGAGCAUAGCGUGUUGACUGUAGAUGGAAGAGAAGAUAGCAUAAAGCAUAGAGCGUAGUCAGGGUAAACUCAAUACAGAAUUGUAAAUUGAAAACAAUUAUUAAAGCACUGCAAUCCAUAAUAACACUCAACAUUCCCUAAGCGAUAUAAUAUUUGCUACAAUAACUAUAUGCCACUACACCUCCACAGUGUACGCAUAUCCAAGAGAAAUGGACCUUCAUCAUCAUCAUUAUUUAUCCGUUCUCCAAGUGGAGAAUUGGGCCGUAAGCUCUCUGCCACCAGGCUGUUCUGUCCUGUGCAGCCGAUGCUGCUGCUGCCCAUGUUCUUAAACCUUCCUUUUCCAGCUCCCUUUCGACAGUCCUUCUCCAAGUCUCGCGCGAUCGACCCCGUUUCCGUUUGCCUUCAGGUACCCAUGUGAGGGCAAUUCGUGGAUGUGAGUGGUGAUCCAUUCUGAGGACGUGACCCAGCCACGUCCAUCUCCUCCUUGCCACUUGCUUGCUUAUUGUCUCUAUUCCUGCUCUUGCUCUAAUCUCCUCGUUUGUUAUCCGCAUUGGCCAGUAGAUCUUUAAUAUCCGACGAAGGCUCUUAUGUAAACAAUUAUAUAUAAACAAUUAUUAACCACGAACACAUAGGGUGGUUAGCCUGUGGUGCAGGUUGCACAGGACUGGUAUGCUUUCGCAAGCUAAGAGUUAUCCAGUGAUUUAUCGGCCUGAAUGAUCGGCUCGGGUUGUCCCGUACAACGAAAGGAGUCUAUACUUUCGCAAGCCAGUACCUCGCUAGCCAACAUUUAUAUCGGCUUGAACUGAUUGAACUGGGUAGCACUACGAAGUGAGACACUCUGAGGGAUUGUCACUGAGAUUGUCGGAAACUGUUUCAGUAGUAGACUGGCUUGCACCUCCAUUGUACUUGCACUGUUAGGAAUACACUUGAACAGUUGUUACAGUCACCCUGUUGUUACUUUUUCAAGAUCAGGAGUUAGUAUGGAGGAGUUAGUAUGGGAAUCUCGGUUGAAAUAGUCAAGGAUCGGCUUUUAUAACCAUUUCGUGAGGAUCAGUUCUGAAAUAUGAUACCAACAGUGUUUUAUUUA